UCCACAGGGUGACCACCUUUGGCACUGAAAACAUGGCUGUGGCCACUCAGGAUCAAACUGGCAACGUGAGCCAGGCCAAGAUGGACUUCUGGGAUGGGAUGGAGUCUGUCUUCAUGAUGCCCAACAUCACCCCCACAGAGCGAAGGGCUGUCUGGAAUGCAGUGUCCAGAUACGUCCAACGGCAGCUCCUGCAGCACAAGGGGAUCCGAGUUCCCACCCUUGGCUCCUUCGAUGUGGUCCACACAGAGAUCCCCGUGGGGGACAGGACUGUGACUCUCCAGAGGCCGAUGUUCUACCUGGCCAGGAACCUCGGGGGAGUCUCCAAUCUCAUGGACAACAACAUUGACCUGACUGGGGAUAAGCCACUGGAGCCUCUGAAAUACGCCCAGGUGGCCGUGGAGGCCUCUGUGUCCCGGAGGAAAGCAGAGAGCUGCAUCCUGGGCACCACCUCCCUCCUGUACCACUGCCUGGCCAAGGGCGCGGGUGCCGCCUUCGUCCUCAGGGACGUGGGCGUGCUCCUCAUCGAGGGCAGGAGGGCACACAUGAGGUUCUACCCUGACUUCCUGGAGGAGAUGACUGGGAAGAAGAUCCAGGACAGGGCUACAAUGAAGGUUCUCCAGCAGCUGGACCUGGUGGUGUCCCGGGACGUGCCCGUGGCUUCCCUGGCGCUCACGAGCCGCCUCCUCAUCUUUCCCGAGUUUGAACCGGUGGGUCUGCCCCUGUCGCUGCUCAGGGACCAUCUCAGGGCCUGCAGAGACGUCCCUGGUGGGGACAAAGGGAAGCAAACAGAGAGUUUGCCACCUGUCGGGCGACGCACGGAAGGGAGAUUCCCUGGCCUGGCCAUGCCCGCUGGCUCCACCACUAAGGCAGACAAGCAGCCCUGGCACGAGGGGGGUGAGGAGAUGAAGGACAGCUCUGGGAUCAGGAUGUGGCCCCAGACCCCUCCCAGCCUGGUCAAGGGUCAAAGCAGAGCCACGGAGAGGAAACAACCACUCAGAGGGGCAGGGCAGGAGGAGAUGGAGAAACAAAAGAUCCUCUUGGAAGAGAAGGAGAAAAGAAAGUUCAUCUUGGAAGAGAAGUAUCAAAAGAUUCCCUUGGAAAAGAAGGAGAAAAGAAAGUUCAUCUUGGAAGAGAAGGAGCAUCAAAAGAUUCCCUUGGAAAAGAAGGAGGAAAGAAAGUUCAUCUUGGAAGAGAAGGAGCAUCAAAAAGUUCCCUUGGAAAACAAGGAGAAAAGAAAGUUCAUCUUGGAAGAGAAGCAUCAAAAGAUUCCCUUGGAAAAGAAGGAGAAAAGAAAGUUCAUCUUGGAAGAGAAGGAGCAUCAAAAAGUUCCCUUGGAAGAGAAGGAAAAAGGGAAGUUCAUCUUGGAAGAGAAGGUCUCUGUCGUGCUGGCACCGGGCCCUGAGCCAGCCCAGGGGCUCAGACCACGGCCUGAGGCCUUCUGGUCGGUGAUGAAGGAGCCCCAGAAGAGCAUUUUGGCGGGAUACAGGUUCGAACCCGCCCUGUUUGUGCCCCCCCUGCACCCCGAGGGGCCCCCAGCUCCGAGGUCCCCCGUGCUGAAGAAGACAGAGGUGGUGGCCAGGGGGCUGUGGCCGUGGAUGGAGUGA